AUGGAGAUGAUGAGAAGAAGCAGUUCCAGUAGUAGUAGUAGUACUACUGCAGUAAUGAUAAUACUUCUCCUGCAGAUCAUUUGCUUCCUCAUCUCUUCCUCAAUAAUAACAAUCCCUUCAGCAACAGCCCUGGGCUUCAGCUGUACCACCAAUAGCAGUAGUAGUGCAAUAACAUGUUUAGCUAUGAUCGACUACGUCGUCUCUCCGACUAACAGAUCACUUGCCGACAUCGCCAACCUCUUUGGUGUUAGCUUCUUCUCCAUAGUCGGUGCAAACUCGCUCCCACUCUCAACCUCUCCUUACAAAACCGUUGAAGUGAACCAGACCAUCAAGAUUCCCUUCCAGUGCACUUGUACGUUCAAUUCGUAUCAUGGAAUGUCGGAAAAUGCCCCUAUUUACACUGUUAAUCCAGGGGACUCCCUCCCUUAUAUUGCGAAUGAGGUGUUCUCUGGGUUGGUGCCUUACCAGGAAAUCGCCUCUGUGAAUGGUAUUUCCAACCCCGACAUGAUCCUUGUUGCGAUAAAGCUGUGGAUUCCGCUGCCGUGUAGCUGCGACACAGUGGGAGGUGAUCAGGUCGUUCAUUAUGCACACGUGGUAUCUAAGGAGGAGGGGAGCUCGGUCUCGGUUGGACAGAUCGCUCAGGAGUAUGGAACUACCACAGCUACCUUGUUGCAACUCAAUGGCUUGUUGCCCAAUCAGACUCAACUUCCGGCCGGCCAACUCAUCGAUGUUCCUCUCAGAGCUUGUAAAUCCAUGGUUGGCAAUAACUCACUUGACUACCCCUUGCUUGUUCCCAAUGGAACUACAGUCUCAACUGCUAACAAUUGCGUCCAGUGCACCUGCGAGUCAUCAAACAAUUGGACAUUACAUUGUGAGCCAUUCCAGGGGUCUACGUCCACUUGGUGCUCUUCCAUGCAAUGUCAAGGUGGUUUGAACCUUGGAAGCAGUACCAUGUCACCUUGCACUACAUGUUCCUAUGCUGGAUUUACCAAUGAAACCAUACUUAAGACCCUCACCAAUACUUGUAGUGCCGAUGCUGAAGUAGCAAGUAAUGGUAACAAUUCAGAUAUCGCAAUAGGUAAUAUUUCAUUACUAUAUUUACAUUAA